AUGGCGGCCACACCAACCCAGCCCCUAUUCUUGGCUGAUACCAAGCUGAACCAAUCCGUGAAGAUCCGUCCAGUUGUUUUAUUCUCGAUUGUCGAUCACUUUAUGCGCAGAGAUGCAGGACAAGGGCGUGUUAUCGGUACAUUACUAGGACACACUGAAGAGGGUGUUGUUCACGUCACAAACUGUUUCCCAGUUCCUCAUGGCGAGACAGAAGAUCAAGUUGCCGUGAACAUGGAGUUCCAUCAGACAAUGUUCCAGCUUCAUCAGAAGGUUAACCCACGUGAGCAAAUAGUGGGUUGGUAUGCAACUGGCAAUACUAUCUCGUCACACAGUGUGCUUAUACACGAGUUCUAUGGCAGGGAAACACGCUCACCUGUACAUCUCACACUGAAUACUGAGCUGAAAUCUGGAGAUCCACUUGCUGUUAAGUGCUAUUCAUCCAGUCCUAUUGGAGCUCCCAACAAUGCGACAGGUGUGGUGUUUACACCUGUGGAAAGCGAGCUCCGUUAUUUGGAGGCGGAACGUGUUGGUUUAGAUACACUUGAGCGAAGCAAGGAUGCUCCUAAUGGUACACUUGCGCUUAUGACCGAAACUGAACAAUUAGAGAAGGCCAUUGUUAAGAUGUUGGAGAUGGUAGGCCAUGUGAAGGACUAUGUUACACAGGUGCUGGAUGGUCGCUUGGAAACACCCAACAAUCAAGUGGGAAGACACCUGAUGGAGGUGAUCUCUUCAGUGCCCGAGGUUGAAGGCUUAACUCUAGACAAGAUGUUUAAUAAUAGUCUGUUGGAUGUGAUGAUGAUCGUGUACCUGUCGAACAUCACGCGCACGCAGCUGAAGAUCGCCGAGCGCUUUGAUAAUGAUUGGGCGCUGGUCACACUCACUGUUGUCCGAAUAAGGAGCACACCAGCCCGAUCAUGAAGCUCAAAUCGGGAAAUUUUUCAACGUUGUCAUACGAACACCUGUCACGCAAUCACCGUUUGCAACCAUAAUGCGGCAGGUCUAUAUCUAACAAGUUAUAAUAUGUACUUUCAUUGAUGACGAGAUGUACAGUGAAAUAUGAUUGCGAAGUUAAGAAAUGUGUGCCCAGACGGCUAUACUCAGCCUACGCGAGGAUAUUUACAAA